CACACACUCACAGCAGCAGUACACCCUCACACACGCUGUAGCGCAACAAAGUGCGGCAAGACGCAAUCAUGAGGAUCUUUGUGGUGCUCGCUUUUGCUGUGUUCUCUGGCUGCAAUGCCAACCUCUUCUCUGCCGACGCUCCCAAGCCUCAGCUGGAGGUCCUGACCGACGCCUUCUGGGACUAUAUCGCCAAGGCCACCCAGACGGCUGACGACACCCUGCAGAUGAUGAAAAAGUCACAGUUUGGAGAGGAAGUCAACACUCGUCUGGCUGAGAGUGCCGACAUGGCUAGCAGGUACGCAAGCACUCUGAAGGAGAAGCUUCCCACAGCAGCCCAUGGUCUGAUGACCAAGAUCAGCUCCGAGGCAGACGUCUUGAGGAACGUUCUGAGCCAGGAGCUGAGCUCUGUCAGGCAGAAGCUGGAGCCUUACACCGAGGAGAUGAAAUCCCAGAUCCAGCAGAGGGUGGAGCAGCUCAAGCAGGAGCUCGCCCCCUACGCCGACACCCUGGAUUCAGACGCCCUGAGAGCGACCAUCAUGCAGAGGAGCGAGGAGUUGAAGGCCAGCCUGGAGCUGAGUGUCAGGCAGCUGCAGCACCAGAUGGGACCCUACACCGACGAUCUGAGGGAGAAGGUGGACCAGCACCUGGUCAACUUCCAAGACAGCAUCGCCCCCAUGGCUCACAACCUCCAGCAGGAGCUGAGCCAGGGAGCCCACCUGGUGCAGCGGAUGGUGGCCCCCUAUGCUGAAGACCUGAAAGAAAAGCUAGACCCAUUGGCCCAGGACCUCCAGGAAAAGCUCAUGGCCCUCUACCAGUCCUUUGCCCGCGGCAUGUAAAAGUCAACCAAAAGUUAGAAACGUGAAACCUCAUCAAAUAAAUAUCUGAAUUGUACACUACGUAAUAUUGUAUAUGUAUAUUACUAAGCUCAAUUACUCAACUAUUUAUUGUUUGUAUUGCCUUUUCAACAUGAAUAAACACAAUUCUCAUCAAACAAAAAUGUCA